ACUUCCUGGUCUUGGUGAGCUGGCAGCAGGGAGGCGGCAGCAAGAGUUGAGAAGCAACGGUGGCUGCUGGCUGCGAACCCCUGAGCCAUGGGGCGGGCGCGGGAUGCGAUCCUGGACGCUCUUGAAAAUUUGACAUCGGAGGAGCUCAAAAAGUUCAAGAUGAAGUUGCUGUCAGUGCCACUGAGCGAGGGCUAUGGACGCAUCCCACGGGGGACUCUGCUGCAGAUGGACGCCAUAGACCUCACUGACAAGCUUGUCAGCUACUAUCUGGAGACUUAUGCCACGGAGCUCACAAUGACCGUGCUUAGAGACAUGGGGAUGCAGGAGCUGGCUAAGGAGCUGCAAACGGUCGUUUUGAGAGAGUCUGAAGCUGUGGCCACUGCAAGCAGUGCCCCUGCUCAGAAGGCAGCAGGCAGAACAGCACACUUUGUGGACCAGCAUAGGCAAGCACUCAUUGCCAGGGUCACGGACAUUGAUGGGGUCCUGGAUACUCUGCACGGCAGAGUGCUGAGUGAAGACCAGUACCAGGCAGUUCGUGCAGAGACCACCAAUCCAAACAAGAUGAGGAAGCUCUUCAGUUUUGUUCCAGCCUGGGACCUGACCUGCAAGAACUUGCUCCUCAACGCCCUGAGGGAAAAACAGCCCUACCUGGUGGCAGACCUGGAGCAGAGCUGAGGUACCUUCCCCAGCUACAGUCCCUACACACCUAGCUCCUGACUUUAUAUACACAAUUUUUGAAAAAAAAGUUUGCAUUUGUGCUUUCUCAACUUUCUUGGAUGCUUGUGCUGAGCUAAUCUAUAUAUCCAAAAGCCACAUGGGCUAAGAGGGGAGUGGCUCAGUGGUAGAC